GAACUGCUAGAAGACAGACGGGGAGGUCAUCUACACAGACGCAGUUAAAUGCUGGAUAUUGACGUACAACGUUUUCCCGAAGACCCCAACUUAGGUAUCACCAUUGUCCUGCAAUCAUCAAGGCAACGAAAAAUAUAUACGAGAAGAAUCGAACAAAGUCGAAGAAUUGCUCUGGGACAUUAUUUAACGAUGUAUUGAUAGUUUUUCCAACGCGGAAUUCGCGUUGUUCGACUUCUCUAUGGCUAUUUCUAAUUAGGCUACUAAUGAAUGAGGUAUAAUAAUUCUACCUGAUCACUUUUGUGUAGGAUUGUUUUUAUAUUUAAAACGCUUGUUUUAGGCGUUGAUGAUUUAAAAACAAAACAUGUAAUAUAUUUAUAAAGGGAAGAGAAUAAAAAGGAACAAUAAAUAAUUGUGUUCAGGUAUCGCAUCUAAAACCAGAGAGGGAAUCUCUCUCUCUUUUUUUUGACAAGGAGUGGAUUUCUGAGCGAUAAUAAUUCCACGUUAGGACUUGGACUAUAGUUACCACCGCAGAGACAUUUGGACACGCCGCCAGUCCCGACUGCGUGAUGUAUCCGUGAGAGUUGACCCGAUAUAACACAAGUGUUUCGGCCGGACUCAUAGGGAGCGGGAAGUUCAUGGAGGGUAUUAGUGGGACCCGCUAGGAUGGAUGUGGUGGAUGAAACCGAAGCGUUACAGAGAUUUUUUGAGGGUCAUGAUAUUACCAGCUCCUUGGAGCCAGCGAACAUUGACACCAGUAUUCUGGAGGACUACAUCGGUAAGGAGGACGACAGCACUGACAUCUGUUUCUCUGAGGUCCACGGCGGUGCCCCAGGGGCUAACUCCUACUCGUUAACCCAGGCCGGAGUCUCCUCCGCUGGGAGCCUAUUGUGUGGCGUGAGCUCCCCUAUCUCCCUACGUCAGGGAAACCCCCACCCCCAGCCCCAGCCCCACCAGACACCCUAUCCCCCACCCCCUCCUCUGGGUCUGCUGAGACACAACAACUACCCUUGCCUUGGGCAACAGCACCACCAGCAGAACCAGAACCAGCAGCAGCAGAACCACAUCAAGCCGGAACACAGAGGAAACUACGCACCUGGGACGCUCCCAGAGUCCCCCCCAGACUCCAGUUCUGAGCCAUACUCCCCUCAGCAGGUCAAUGACACUCACAUGCUGAGGACCAUGACACCAGAGAACAUGUGUCACAUGACCCCGCCACCUCUACCCCCACACGGCCACGGCUAUCCCAACAUGCACCGGGACAUGUACCUGAAACCCGAGCCAAUGAUCUCACAGUACCCUGUUGGCCCCGCCUCCAGUGGGAGUGGACAGGACCUGCUGAUGCAUCAACUUCUUCAACAGCAGGAUGGGAUACCAGUCCACCAGACAAAGAAGAGAAAACCCUCUGACUCUCCAAACAGCACCCUCAACUCUCAGAUCCUCACAGGUAUCAUCAAACAAGAGCCAGUAGACAUUGUUUCUGGCCCAGGUUUGAUGGCGGAUGCAGAUAACUCCUACCUGGACCCUAACUACCAGUGUAUAAAGUGGCAGCCGCACCAGCAGAACAAGUGGACGCCGCUGUACGACGUCAACUGCAAAGAACUCCCUAUGCCCACCUACCGCGUAGAUGCUGACAAGGGCUUCAACUUCUCCCUGGCAGACGACGCCUUCGUGUGUCAGAAAAAGAACCACUUCCAGGUCACUGUGUACUGCGGCAUGCUGGGAGACCCCAAGUACAUCAAGACCAGCGAGGGCCUGCAGCCCAUAGACUGCUUUUAUCUCAAACUCAACGGGGUUAAGCUGGAAGCAAUGAACCAGUCCAUUAACGUGGAGCAGUCCCAGUCAGACCGCAGCAAGAGACCCUUCAAACCAGUACUGGUCACACUGCCCCCGGAGCAGGUUACCAAGGUAACAGUGGGACGACUACACUUCAGCGAGACCACAGCCAAUAACAUGAGGAAGAAAGGCAAACCCAACCCUGAUCAGAGGUACUUCAUGUUGGUGGUAGCAUUGCAGGCCCAGGCCCACAGUCAGAGCUUCACGGUGGCCGCGCAGGUGUCCGAGAGGAUCAUCGUCAGGGUAACCUCUGCGUCUAACCCUGGUCAGUUUGAGAGUGACAGUGAGGUGUUGUGGCAGCGCGGUCAGCUACCUGACUCAGUGUACCACCACGGCCGGGUCGGCAUCAACACCGACCGGCCAGACGAGGCCAUGGUCAUUCACGGCAACCUGAAGGUCAUGGGGUCACUGGUGCACCCCUCCGAUAUACGGGCUAAAGAGAACGUCCACGAGGUGGACACUACAGGCAACCUGAAGCGGAUCAGUCAGAUGAGGCUGGUUCAUUAUCAGUACAAGCCUGAGUUUGCUUCCAGCAUGGGCAUCGACACCAGCCCAGAGACCGGAGUGAUAGCUCAGGAUGUGCAGCAGAUCCUGCCUGAAGCUGUGAAGGAGGGUGGAGAUGUGAUCUGCUCUAACGGAGAGACCAUCCCUAAACUACUGGUGGUUAACAAGGACCGUAUCUUCAUGGAGAACGUGGGAGCGGUGAAGGAGCUGUGUAAAUUGACUGACAACCUGGAGACUCGUAUAGAUGAGCUGGAGCGCUGGAGCAGGAAGCUGGCCAAACUCCGCCGCCUGGACAGCAUGAAGAGCACCGUCAGCGGAGGCACCACCAGCCAAUCAGGAAGCCAGUUCAGCAGGACAGGAAGUGUCCCUCUGAAGAAGAAGAAGACAGUCAAACCUGGGAGCAAGAGUCCGACUCCAGAGCAGGGCUGUAUCAGCCACAGGGUGAUGCAGGGAAUCAUUCUGGCUCUAGUCGUCGUCAUGACCUUCAGUGUCAUCUCCAUGUCCGUCCUGUACGUGUUGACGCUGCACCACAGAGGCGACGUCUCUGAGAAGGCUGGGUCCAGGUCUGCAGUGGGAUCAUCUAGAAGGACGGCCUCCGGUCCUCGGUCUACCACCCCGACACUUCCUGAUACAGUCCCGCCCUCUCCUUCACUGUCCAAUCCUGCAGCUUGCUGCCCGCCUACAACUGCCACAAACAACCAAUCAGCAACUGCUCUGUCGCCAAGCAACAACCAAUCUACAUCGGAGCUGAGUAGUCCGGGCAGUAUCAACAAGAAGGCCAAGUCCAGGCCUGUGGACAAGGACGGACGCUACAGGAACCGUCUCAGCCACACCUCCGCCCCCAUGUACCUGUCCAAGGCGAAGAGACCUGCCCCUGCCCCUGCAGGAGACCUGGAGGUUGUAGGGGGGGUCACGAACCGGCUGCCUGGACCGGGUGGGCCUGGACCGGGUGGGCCUGGAGGCCAACAGACCCUGCCUCGGAGACAACGCCGGGACAACACACACAGCAACACAGAGGAGGAAGCAGGGGAAAUAUCAUCCCCUUCCCUUAUGGAUCUACACAUCCUGGAGACAGACCAACACAUCUCAUCACACAACUGUCCCCAUCCUGACAGCUGCAGCUAUACUGUACCACUCUCAGCAAUCAAGAACUCUUCCAUGUCACAGAUCACUCUCCACAUGAUUUCCAGUGCCAGCGUGUGGGUCAGACAGUGUGGAGCCACUAGAGGACGUCUGUGUCCUGACCACACAGAGACAGAGCUUCAUGCUGGAGAGAAAAAAGUCACUGAGGGGACAGAUCACCUGUGGCCAGUACCUGUACUGUCAUUCCAGGACGUCACCUAUCACUUCAGAGUGGCCAAGUCUAGUGAAGUGAGGUGUGGCGUAGAGGAGGAGAAUGUAUCCACCACCACCACACCACCAUACUCUGACUUCUACUUCCUAAUUCAAAGCAGCUGCGCAUGAGAGGAGAGGGAACUAAGCAUGCAAACUAGUGUGCUUGCUUUGAAUCUAGCCUAUCCCCUGACUGACUCAGGGUUUCUUAAAGGGAUAGUUGGGAGGCCCUUUUAUCUACUUCCCCAGAGUCAGAUGAACUCGUGGAUACCAAUUUGUAUAUCUCUGCGUGCAGUAUGAAGAAAGUUAGAGGUCGUUUUUCAAGCCAAUGCUAACUAGCGUUAGCACUAUGACUGGAAGUCUACAGGAAAAAUUGCGCUUACGCUAGUUAGCAACUUUCUUCAUAUUGCACGCAGAGACAUAAAACUGGUAUCCACGAGUUCAUCUGACUCUGGAGAAGUAGAUAUAAUCUCAACUAUCCCUUUAACUACUACACCUCCUAUCCCACCUCUCUCUCUCUCUCUCUCUCUCUCUCUCUCUCUCCUACCCAUCCUGUCCUGUAUAGAAACAUAUCCACCAAACUACAGCUCCUAUGCACUUCAUUAUAUGAAACCUAAGUUUAUCAUAAUGCUAUAGUGUUAUAUUAUGGCUUAUUAAUCAUUUUGUAUUUUUGCCAAUUUAUAAUAUCCGUUUUCCUGAACUUGUUUUGUGUCUACUGUACACUCUAACCAUUCCUUAUGACUGAAAACAAAAACCCUGUUUUGAAUGUAUGAUUUAAUACAUUUGGUUCUAGUGAGAAUAAUUAUAGGAGAGUCAAAUUCACAGUUGACUAACAUUCCGUUCUGGGCUGCUGUAUGUCUUGACUUCCUGUCUGGAUCCUCCCAGAUGGCACCAUAGUCAGUGGAUUUGGAUAUACUACUGUAGAAGUUUGUCUCAAACAUUCUUUGUCUAUGCAUUCCAGUACCAAAAUUCCCAGGUUUUCCAGAAAUCCCGUUUGGAAGAUUCCCGCAAUCAAAAGUGACGAAAUCCGGAAUCUUCAAAACAGGAUAUUUGGAAAAUCUGGGAAUUUUGUGAAAGAUACCAGAAUUAAGUCUGACCUAUCUGUUAGAGCAGGGAUAUUCAACUGUUGUCCUACGAGGUCCAGAGCCUGCUAGUUUUCUGUUCUACCUGAUAAUUAAUUACACACACCAAGUGUCCCAGGUCUAAAUCAGUCCCCGAUUAGAGGGGAAGAAUGAACAGAGCUGAAUUUAAGGGUGUUAGAGAAACUAAACUAAAAAGCAGCCUAGCAGAGAAUCACCUUACUGGUUUGAGGGCGCUCACUGCCGUGGAGUUGAAACAAACUCUACAUCAGAUUGAUACGGAUACAUUCAGAAAUCUGAUGCAUCUAUACAGGUAGCUGAUGAUCCAUCAAAGGUAAACGCUAAGAAACAGAAGAAACACAUUUUAAUUGAAAUGCAUUAAAUCACAGGAGUAUAUCAAAUCUACAAGAAGUGAAUGACUCAGCAUGAUAAGACUGGAGAUAAACUCAGAUAACUGGAAACGGUAGACCACUGUAUACACCAUAGCUAUAGAACCCAUAUUGUCUGUCUAUGGUAUACACUGUAUGCUCUCAGCAGAUACAUUGUGUGCUCUGAAACACUGUACUGGAACCACAGAAUUAGAAUGACUCUGAUUCUAUGAUUCUAAUUCUAUACACUGUACUGGAACCACAGAAUUAGUAUGACUCUGAUUCUAUGAUUCUAAUUCUAUACACUGUACUGGAACCACAGAAUUAGAAUGACUCUGAUUCUAUGAUUCUAAUUCUAUACACUGUACUGGAACCACAGAAUUAGAAUGACUCUGAUUCUAUGAUUCUAUGAUUCUAAUUGUAUACACUGUACUGGGAAAUUGGUACGCGCUGUAUGCUGUAGAAUCCCAGCAUCUGAUAACGGCAUUGAUCAGGUCCAACAAGGGACUAUAUGUUACAAGAACACUGGACAUUUUUACACUGUAUCUUGCUUACUGGAAAUUUUACACUGUAACUCGCUCACUGGAUUUAAUAAUGCUUAACCACUAGCAAAAUACAAUGUGUGUUUAAGAAGUACUUCUUAGCUAUAUAUUUUCUGUUUUAAUUGUUUUAAUUGUAGAAGAUCAGAGAUGACUUUCUGCUCUGGAUCGUGAUGUUGAUAACCCGUAGUCUCUCCAGACAUCUGCUUUGCCUCCCACAAUUUUCAAAUGCUCCAACUUAGGGUCUAGUUUUCAAGACUAGACAACACAAAUAUUGACAUCUGAACGGUGUUUUUUAAACCGCUGGUGCCUUAUCUUUCUCUACAAAACAAGAAGGCUGUCAUCUUAUCACCAGACCGAAGCAGCUCAUGGACUUGAUUGAAUGCUGUUCAUGUCUGAGCUAAUAGAGGCAUCCAUUUUGUGACCUGGGUCUUGUAUAAACGAACAAGAAAGAAAGGGUUAACAGAGGCCACACUAGCACCUUCCUGAAUGAGUCCAGAGGCCACACUAACACCUUCCUGAAUGAGCCCAGAGGCCACACUAACACCUUCCUGAAUGAGUCCAGAGGCCACACUAACACCUUCCUGAAUGAGCCCAGAGGCCACGCUAACACCUACCUGAAUGAAUUAUGGAUUUUGUACACUGGACUAUUAUAUUAUUCUAGCCUUUGCAUUGAUUGCUCUAAAUCUGUUUAACACUUUCUGUCUUCCCCUCUCUGACGGGAAACAACACCCUGUCCCUAAAGUCAUGUUUAGAACUAUCUCCUCUGGAAAUACCCUAAAGUCAUGUUUAGAACUAUCUCCUCUGGAAAUACCCUAAAGUCAUGUUUAGAACUAUCUCCUCUGGAAAUACCCUAAAGUCAUGUUUAGAACUAUCUCCUCUGGAAAUACCCUAAAGUCAUGUUUAGAACUAUCUCCUCUGGAAAUACCCUAAAGUCAUGUUUAUAACUAUCUCCUCUGGAAAUACCCUAAAGUCAUGUUUAGAACUAUCUCCUCUGGAAAUACCCUAAAGUCAUGUUUAGAACUAUCUCCUCUGGAAAUACCCUAAAGUCAUGUUUAGAACUAUCUCCUCUGGAAAUACCCUAAAGUCAUGUUUAUAACUAUCUCCUCUGGAAAUACCCUAAAGUCAUGUUUAGAACUAUCUCCUCUGGAAAUACCCUAAAGUCAUGUUUAGAACUAUCUCCUCUGGAAAUACCCUAAAGUCAUGUUUAGAACUAUCUCCUCUGGAAAUACCCUAAAGUCAUGUUUAGAACUAUCUCCUCUGGAAAUACCCUAAAGUCAUGUUUAGAACUAUCUCCUCUGGAAAUACCCUAAAGUCAUGUUUAGAACUAUCUCCUCUGGAAAUACCCUAAAGUCAUGUUUAGAACUAUCUCCUCUGGAAAUACCCUAAAGUCAUGUUUAUAACUAUCUCCUCUGGAAAUACCCUAAAGUCAUGUUUAGAACUAUCUCCUCUGGAAAUACCCUAAAGUCAUGUUUAUAACUAUCUCCUCUGGAAAUACCCUAAAGUCAUGUUUAUAACUAUCUCCUCUGGAAAUACCCUAAAGUCAUGUUUAGAACUAUCUCCUCUGGAAAUACCCUAAAGUCAUGUUUAGAACUAUCUCCUCUGGAAAUACCCUAAAGUCAUGUUUAUAACUAUCUCCUCUGGAAAUACCCUAAAGUCAUGUUUAGAACUAUCUCCUCUGGAAAUACCCUAAAGUCAUGUUUAUAACUAUCUCCUCUGGAAAUACCCUAAAGUCAUGUUUAGAACUAUCUCCUCUGGAAAUACCCUAAAGUCAUGUUUAGAACUAUCUCCUCUGGAAAUACCCUAAAGUCAUGUUUAGAACUAUCUCCUCUGGAAAUACCCUAAAGUCAUGUUUAGAACUAUCUCCUCUGGAAAUACCCUAAAGUCAUGUUUAGAACUAUCUCCUCUGGAAAUACCCUAAAGUCAUGUUUAGAACUAUCUCCUCUGGAAAUACCCUAAAGUCAUGUUUAGAACUAUCUCCUCUGGAAAUACCCUAAAGUCAUGUUUAUAACUAUCUCCUCUGGAAAUACCCUAAAGUCAUGUUUAGAACUAUCUCCUCUGGAAAUACCCUAAAGUCAUGUUUAGAACUAUCUCCUCUGGAAAUACCCUAAAGUCAUGUUUAGAACUAUCUCCUCUGGAAAUACCCUAAAGUCAUGUUUAGAACUAUCUCCUCUGGAAAUACCCUAAAGUCAUGUUUAUAACUAUCUCCUCUGGAAAUACCCUAAAGUCAUGUUUAUAACUAUCUCCUCUGGAAAUACCCUAAAGUCAUGUUUAGAACUAUCUCCUCUGGAAAUACCCUAAAGUCAUGUUUAUAACUAUCUCCUCUGGAAAUACCCUAAAGUCAUGUUUAUAACUAUCUCCUCUGGAAAUAGUUUUUCAUAUGUACUCUGUUAUUGUCUUUCCCUUACUCACUGACCACUCCGCUCUUUGAUAUACUAUUGACUAUGUUCCUCAUAUGUCAUACAAUACAGUUAUUAUAUACAUUUAUUAGUACGUGAUGAAGGACCCUUUGGACAUCUGGUAUCUGAAUGCCUCAAGUUAACAAAGUAUUCUGAUACUGAGACCAGGUGUGUUGAAACAGGUGUGUUGAACACAGUCCCUCUAAGGUCAGGUGUGUUGAAACAGGUGUGUUGAACACAGUCUCUCUAAGAUCCGGUGUGUUGAAGAUCUACAAAUACAAAUUCAAAAAAACAUAAUCAAAUGAAUAUACUUCAUUGAAGAUGACAAAAUAUAAAGACAUUGUACUAUACUGUAUUAGCAAUAUGACAUGUUGACAUACAUGAGUACAGUGUAAUAUUUGAGCUUAUUUAUAAUGCACCAGCCAGCCUUUACAGUGAAACCAGCAUAGCAUUGUAUAUAUCAACUGAUUUACGCUCUCUUGGGUGGUUCCAUCUGGUUCCAACUGGUUUCAAAUGGUUCCAACUGGUUCCAACUGGUUCCAUCUGGUUCCAACUGGUUCCAUCUGGUUCCAACUGGUUUCAAAUGGUUUCAAAUGGUAUAGAAAUUCAUGAAAUGUUACUGUGUAGCUUCAUUUUGUAACAAUGUAUGCUCCUUUUUAUGUUAUUUUAGUUAUAUCAUUAUAAUGUUGACUGUUGUUACUCUAUCCUUGUUGUUGUUGUUAUAUUAUUCAUAUGUAAACAUUGUUAUGCUAUAUUAUGAAACUCUGUGCCAAUCAAAAUCGCUAUUUGGCUUUUACCUGUCUCACUGGAUAAGAAAACACACACACAGAGAGAGCAGAGAGAGAGAGAGAGAGAGAGAGUAGAGAAUUCAAGGAGUUUGUCUGAUGGGAAUCUGUUAUGUCAUCGGCCUCCAUCUUGCUUGAGAAACAGCAGAGAACUAAAGAGGAAAGGCCAUCCUGUGCCGUGUCACACCUGGACCACCGAUUGAGAUGUGGCUUUUGUUAAGGAAAUCAGGUGUUAAAUGACACUUUAAAUCUUUACUUCAUUUUUAAAUAUGUUUAUCUUAUUACUCUAAUUCUUAUGGCUUAAAGCCCUUCAGAACACUAAAAUACUUAAUGAAAGCAUAAAUACCCCUCCUUCAUUCACCUCUAUACUGCUUUUAAAGUUCUCCCUAUAAAUGUGUGCUUUUUAGUCUUACCUCUUACUUUAUUUUUAAUACACGAUCAUGACAUUUAUUUUGGAGUCUUUGCUUAUUUUGUAUUUUUUUGUGUGUUAAAGAGCAUGUUGUCAUAAUAUGAAUGCAGUAAAUAAAAUAUUGAUUGAAAACAAAA